AAAUUAAUAGUGAGUGAACAAAAUCGGGACGAUGCAUAAGCUUUUGCAACAGUAAACAUAAAAAUUUCUUUCAUUAGAAAAUCAAUGUGGCGUUAAUUAUUAUAUAGACAGUGUCCUCAGGGCGUAAUUAACAUUAUCCACCCUUCAGAGGACAGUUUUCGUGGUACAGUUUAUCAAAAUCGUCAAAGAUUGACUCCGUGUGGGGUUGGGCUUCGCCCCCGCUGCGUUUGCAGCUGGGAAACGCGCGCGGACACAAGAGGAUGGGCGAGGGCGGCUCGCCUGGCGGCGGCGGCGGUGGCGGCGCGCGGCUGUCGCAUACCUCGGAGAAGCACCCGCGCGCCAUCUUGGGAGAGCUGUCUGCGCUGCGCCGCCACCGCGAGCUCUGCGAUGUCGUGCUCAACGUCGCCAACAGGAAGCUCUUCGCACACAGGGUGAUCCUGUCAGCAUGCAGCCCGUACUUCCGCGCGAUGUUCACGGGUGAGCUGGCUGAGUCGCGCGCCACCGAGGUGACCAUCCGCGACGUGGACGACACGGCCAUGGAGCAGCUGGUAGAGUUCUGCUACACCGCGCACAUCGUCGUCGAGGAGAGCAAUGUGCAGGCGUUACUUCCAGCAGCGUGUCUCCUCCAGCUCCAAGAGAUCCAGGACGUGUGCUGUGAGUUCCUGAAGCGGCAGCUAGACUGUUCCAACUGCCUCGGCAUCCGCGCCUUCGCCGACACACACUCUUGCCGCGAGCUGCUCCGCAUCGCAGACAAAUUCACGCAACAGAACUUUCCAGAGGUGAUGGAAAGCGAAGAGUUCCUCCUCCUCCCAGCGGCACAGCUGAUCGAUAUCGUGUCGUCAGAUGAGCUCAACGUGCGCUCCGAAGAGCAGACCUUCCAGGCCGUCAUGUCCUGGGUCAAGUAUAAUGUCGCUGAGAGGCGGCAGCAUCUUGCACAGGUCCUCCAACACGUACGGCUCCCGCUCCUCUCACCAAAGUUCCUAGUGGGGACAGUAUCAGCCGAGCUGCUGGUGCGGGCUGAUGACGCCUGCAGAGACCUGCUGGACGAGGCCAAGAACUACCUGCUGCUGCCACAGGAGAGACCGCUCAUGCAGGGCCCGCGGACACGACCGAGGAAGCCUACACGGCGAGGCGAGGUGCUAUUCGCAGUAGGCGGGUGGUGUUCAGGCGACGCGAUAGCGUCAGUGGAGCGGUUCGACCCUCAGUCCGCCGAGUGGAAGAUGGUCGCGCCCAUGUCCAAGAGGCGCUGCGGCGUGGGCGUGGCCGUGCUGCAUGACCUGCUGUACGCCGUGGGCGGCCACGACGGCCAGAGCUACCUCAACAGCAUCGAGCGAUACGACCCGCAGACCAACCAGUGGUGCGGCGCGGUGGCGCCCACGUCGUCGUGCCGCACGUCGGUGGGCGUGGCCGUGCUGGACGGCGCGCUGUACGCCGUGGGCGGCCAGGACGGCGUGCAGUGCCUCAACCACGUCGAGCGCUACGAGCCCAAGGAGAACCGCUGGACCAAGGUAGCAGCGAUGACAACCCGUCGCCUCGGCGUAGCAGUGGCAGUGCUUGGCGGGCACCUCUACGCGGUGGGGGGCUCCGACGGACAGUCUCCCCUCAACACGGUGGAGCGCUACGACCCGCGAGCCAACAAGUGGACGCCCGUAGCCCCCAUGUCCACAAGACGCAAGCACCUCGGCUGCGCCGUGUACGAUGGACAGAUAUACGCAGUUGGCGGCCGGGAUGACUGCACCGAGCUUUCUUCUGCUGAGAGAUACGAGCCGGCGACGGAUACGUGGUCGCCGGUGGUGGCGAUGACGUCCCGGCGCUCGGGCGUGGGGCUGGCCGUGGUCAACGGGCAGCUGUAUGCCGUCGGAGGCUUCGACGGGACAGCAUACCUCAAGAGCAUCGAGGUGUACGACGGGGAGUCGAACCAGUGGCGGCUGUGCGGCGCCAUGAACUACCGGCGGCUGGGCGGCGGCGUGGGCGUCAUGCGCGCGCCGCACCACGACACACACUACAUAUGGAACAGAAAAGACUCGGUGGUGUGAGCGCACGGACCCUAGCGUAGCUGUAAAAUAUUCCCCCUCCACUCGUAUCAGUUAAGUCGUUACUCAUUUUAUUUUAUUGUUAAACUAUAUAUUAAUUGAUUAUUUAUAAAUAAAUGAUGAAAAUACAAACUUUAGAAUAUACA